AUGACGGGCAGGCAUGUUUGCAAGGACCUGAAUAAGGAGCGGGGAGGCGAGCGGGCCUGGGGCGCCAGGGCCCAAGGAUGCCCGGCAUCGCCGGGCCCUCCCUCCGCCUUCCGCUACCCCCAACCUUCCCGCCAAACCCGCAUCCACUCAGGAACCACCACACUCGGCGCCUCGAGCAAGAGCCAAUGGAAAGUAGGAUUCCCGGCGUCGGCCCGCCCCCAGGCGCUCCGGCCCAAUGGCCGCGGGGCAGCGGCGGGCUCCUCUGGGGAGCGCGCUCGGCGGCGGCGGUUGAGGGUUCUCGAGGACCCAGAGCCCGUGUUCGUGGGGUCGUGUCUGCCGGGGCUGCUCACGUUAGAGAUUAAGAUGAGCCGCUUUACAAAGACUGACUUGCAAGCAGCACGUUACCAGGGCUGUGGACCCCUGGCGGCCUGGGAACUCCACCCUGAUUCCUCUGAGGACCUUGCUGGCACACACACAUGUUCUGCAUGUCAUAGAGUGACGAUUGCCUUGAAGACGAGGGUCUCACCUUUAUGUUCUGGUUCCCGGCGUGAGUGCAUCUCUAUCCACGUGGGGCAGGCGGGGGUCCAGAUCGGCAAUGCCUGCUGGGAACUGUACUGCCUUGAACAUGGAAUUCAGCCCGAUGGUCAGAUGCCAAGUGACAAAACCAUUGGCGGUGGUGAUGACUCGUUCAACACUUUCUUCAGCGAGACUGGGGCUGGCAAGCAUGUGCCCAGAGCAGUGUUUGUGGACCUGGAGCCCACCGUGGUUGAUGAAGUGCGCACAGGGACCUACAGGCAGCUCUUCCACCCGGAGCAGCUGAUCACCGGGAAGGAAGACGCAGCCAAUAAUUACGCCAGAGGCCACUACACCAUCGGCAAGGAAAUCGUUGACCUGGUCCUGGACCGCAUCCGCAAACUGACCAACCUGGUCCCGUACCCCCGCAUCCACUUCCCCCUGGCCACCUACGCCCCAGUCAUCUCAGCCGAGAAGGCCUAUCAUGAGCAGCUGUCUGUGGCUGAGAUCACCAAUGCCUGCUUUGAGCCGGCCAACCAGAUGGUCAAGUGUGAUCCUCGCCACGGCAAGUACAUGGCCUGCUGCAUGUUGUACAGGGGGGACGUGGUCCCAAAAGACGUCAACGCAGCCAUCGCCACCAUUAAGACCAAGCGCACCAUCCAGUUUGUGGAUUGGUGCCCGACUGGAUUUAAGGUAAGACUGGGUGAUUUGGAGUGGGUCUACCUGUUAGCAAGCAGCAGACCCUGCAAUAGAACACUGCCCUUUGCAGAGAAUUCUCCUGUUCCCUGGCAGCUCUGCUCUUGGUCAGAAAUUAGGGAACCAGAGUGA